GGCGCCAGGCGAUGCUGGGGGAGACUUGUUAGCUGCAGAACCACCCAGGUACUCCAGUAGCAUCUACGUCUCAACUGAUUUACAGCCAGGCUGCCUGAGUUCCCACCUCCCUAGGAAACUUCUAGAGGUCCUGCAGCUCUGGAUGUAGCAGGCGUCCGGUGGCUGUGGCUAGGCAGGGAGUUGGGAACUCCCUCUGGGACUCUACUUCCGAUGACAAUGACAACGCUUAAGCUUCCUGCGCUCUAAAAGGGCACGACUCAGGCUAGGAGCAUCCAAAACAGCCCACUCCUGACCUCAUGCAGCCCUUCAGCAUCCCAGUCCAAAUCACGCUACAGGGUGGCCGGAGGCGCCAAGGGAGGACAGCACUUCCGGCCUCAGGCAAAAGCAAUGGCGAUCCCCUGCAGGCGCACCCAAAGCUUCCAUCGAGCGCUGGUGAGGACCGGGCCACACUGCUGGGCAUCACCAUGAUGGCGUCCUCCGUGCUGAUGUUCUUCCUGUUGGGGACCACUGUGUUGAAGCCAUUCAUGCUCAGCUCUCCCAGAGAAGAAUCAAGCUGCACCACCGUCCACACACACAUCGCAGAUUGGCUGGACUUUGCCUUUACCUGUGAGGGUAACUGCCAGGACCAGGGGAGAUACCCCUGCCUGCAGGUGUUUGUAAACCUUAGCUACUCAGGACAGAAAGUGCUUCUCCACUACGACGACGAGGCCAUCAGGACCAACCCCAAGUGCUUUUACACACCCAAGUGUCACCGAGACAGGGAUGAUCUUCUCAACAGCGCCCUGGACAUCAAGGAAUUCUUCGAUCGCAACAACGGAACUUUCCCCUGCUUCUAUAGUCCCCAUGGCCCCCUGGGAGUUGUCCUGAGAAAGUCUGGCCACAAGGUUGUCUUUCACUGCUUAUUUUGGCCUCUACUGACUUUGCUGGGAGGCGCCAUGAUUGUUGGUUUGGUCAGGCUAACACAGCAUCUGUCCUUUCAGUGUGAGCAGUACAGCACAGUGGUAAGAGCUUAAAAAGGAGGCAGAACACAUUCCAGGCUGGCGCGGGCCUACCCUGUACAGUGUGGUAAAGAGCCCUGAAGAGUGCGGGCCCGGCUCUCUAGGCCCAAGAUGCUCCAGAUGAAGACUUGCCCACUGCCAGACAUGGUGGAGAAGACACGUGAUCCUAGCUCUCGGGAGGGAGGCAGAGGCAGGAGGAUCAGGUUCAAAGGCAACUGGGCUAUAGACAGAUCUUGUCUGAAAAACCAAAAACCCAACAAUCAUAGCUGGAGACGUAGAGUACUGUAGAGUACCUGCCUUGCAUGCAUGCACAAGGCCCUGGGUUUGAGCCCCAGUACUAGAAACAAUCCUAUCUGCUUAUGGACCUGCUGUGAGAGGGUCAAAGGUACAGCUUUCCGUUAGAAAGUCUUUAAAUGUUGACUGCUUUCUAUUAACUCUAAACAAUAUGUACCAUUUCAACAGCUUUUCAUUAACCAGUCGCCCUCACACAAGCCAAGGAAGCAGUCUUCUCCUCACAGGCAAAAUGAACUCAAGGCAGUCCUUUAUGUGCCGUUAGCUCUCUGGCGGAGCUGAUGGCAUGGAACAAGCACUGCCAGGUCUGUCUGUCUGUCCAACACUCCGCAGCUAGCUUAUGCAGUUCACAUGAAAACAUUUCCCAUAGGAAAAAAAAAUAUUAGGAGCUGGGGAGAUGGCUCAGUUGGUAAAAUGAGUUUGACUUGUCAGACACAUCCAAAAAAAGAAAGAAAAAAAAAAAGCAAACAAACAACGAAGACCUACACAUGGACACACACACACACAAAUUCGUAGCUAGUACAAGUAGAUAAAAGUCCUAAAAAGGUAACCCAGGUCUGCCCCAUUUACGGUUGCUCGUUCUUCUCGCCUCACUCCAGGGGAAGCCGCUGCUCACGGCUGCUCACGUGUGACCUUGUCCUGCCCCAGCUCUUUGUCCUUUGUGGCAUUUUCUAGUUAGUGAUCGUUUCCCUGGGCUCCUUUCGGUCUCGGCUGUUGUGGGAACAGGAGGGAUGAAGUGUGACAGAAGUUGUACCAGGAUCUAGCACUCCCUCAGAUAACCCACGCUCUAGAAUGGUCCCAUGGUGCAGUCACCUUCUCGUUAACAGCCUGCCAGGCCUGGAGCUGCCCCAGUGGUUAAGAAGGCUCCUUUCUCUUGCCAAGGACUUGAGUUUGGUUUCUGGCACUCACAUGUCAGCUCACAACCAUCUCUAAGUUCAGUUCCAGAACCUCCAACCCUCUCUCUGGCCUUGCAGCCACUACAUGCAUGCAGUGCUCAUACAUACAUGCAGGCAAAACCGUCAUGCACAUAAAAGUUUUAAAAAGUCAAUAAAGGUGACUACUAAUUGUCACAGGACUUCCAACGCAGCCUCCCAGAUUAAAACAAUGGAGGGAAAGCAGUCUGCUUCUAAACUGAUGCCGUGUAUAUUCUAGUUUUCAAAAGAUGUGAGAAAACAGCCCAUUUCCUACCCACUUCUACCCACACACUCACACCUACAGGUAUGUAUGCAUGUCUGCUAAAAAUACAAGUGUCUAAACCUGUUUUCAGCGUCCAGGCCUCUAAUUUUUCUUUUGACUUCACUACUGGGAAUUGAACCUGGUCUUGUGCACUGUGGUAGGCACACCAUACCACUGACGGAUACUGUGGAUGUUCGCAUACUAACCAAGGAAUUAAUAAUAAUUAAUUAUUAUUAAUGCUUUAGAGAUUAGCAUUCAUCCCUCUACUACUCACUGCUGGGGCAGGAAAAACAAUGGUUCAGUUUUUCUUGUCUUUAUAUUAUUUUGGUUUUUCGAGACCAGGUUUAUCUGCAGGCCUGGCUGUCCUGGAACUCACAGAGGUCUGUCUGCCUCUGCCUCUGCCUUCCGAGUGCUCUGACUCAAGGCCUGUGCUACAACACCUGGCGUGAUUCAGCUUUUCAAUCAAGUAUUUUUUAGCAAUUAUAAAACAAACUAGAGUUUGCCUUUCAAGAGAAAUAGCAAAAGGGAUUCUCAGAGCUCUUGGCUUAUACGACAUAGUAAGGACCAUUUAGACACAAGGGAAGCUUGCUUUCUUUUGGAAUGAACAAGCAGUGGCACAGGCUGUGCAGCUGGGGACAAACAGACACUGACAGCAGUGAUUAGCAUUGGUAUUGUGGCCUCAGGCUGAUUUCCUGCUGGGAACAGUAUGAAAGAAGAGGUAUCAGUGGCUCCUAACCUUCCUAAUGCUGUCACCCUUCAGUGUAGUUCCUCAUGCUGUGGUGACCCCAACCAUAUAACUAGUUCAUUGCUACAUCAUAAAUGUAACUUUGCUACCGUUAUGAACCAUGAUGUAAACAUCUGUGUUUUCCGAUGGUCUGAAACCCCUGUGAAACGGUCGUUUGACUCCCAGGCUAAGAACUGCACAUGAAGCCUUGCUGGGCUGAGUACUUCUGGGGCCAGGGUGAAAAGAACACUAAGUAAGAAUGGUUCUAACUAAAGCCUCUUACAAAGACCCUCAACUUGCUGAAUGAACAAAUGGAGAGAAGCAGUCUGGCUGACGGGAGGGGCAAGCUCACUGCACAAGUGUGUGUGUGUGUGCAGUUGUCAUUUCAGAGUUCUGUAUUCACCAAGAUAUUAAAGUACCGUGUUCAAAAGCAAUGCACUUUUCUAGAUUUUAUUCGGCUGAGCUAAGUCCAUAGAGCGAAUGACAACAGAACCAUCAGCUGCACUGGAAGCAUGGAUUCCUGGAGCCUGGACUGGGGGUACUGCAAUCUCAGCAUGAUGAAGCUAAGACCACAGGAUCCUGAGUUUGAGGCCAGCCUGGGCUACAUAUACUGAGACCCUGUACCAACAAUAAAAUGACAAAACCCUAAGAAAUCCCCCAUCAUCACCAUAACA